AUGCACGCACGGCAAAGUUCCAGCGUGGGGGAGGACGUCUUGCGCGAUACGCUGGAUUCGACGCGUGCAGUGCUCGCGGAAUCUGUCGGGCAAGAAGCAACUUUGCGUGUAUUUGCGCUGCGCGAUACAUUACUGGAAUACGCAUCCACAGAACACACCACCGAGGACAAGGAGCUCCAGCUCGACUGGGAUUUGUACCGCGAUGUUCCUGGCGCACUUGAGGAGGAGGAAGAGCAGCUGCUUGACUACUUUCGCAAACUCAAGUUUAUUUAUCUCGAGCAGGAGACAAAGCUGCGCUUUCUCGCAGGUUUGCAAGACGAUCCAGAGACCGGCCAGGAGCCGCAAAUUCUGUCCACCGCCGAUGUUGCACAGCGUGAGCACGACUGCAAGCGUGUAAAGCAGCAGCUCGUCGAUGCAAAACAGCGGGUGCGCGAUGUGCGCGCCGGAAUCGACCAGCUUGCCGAUGAAAUGGAAGAGCCAUGGCAGGCAUUGGAGCGCGCUUCUGCAGAAGCGAGUGACCUUGUCUCGCACAUCACCGAUAUGGAGCUGGAACUCGCAAAGAUCAAGGUCGCAGAAGGUGUUCAUGGAACAAUGACGACACAGGAGGCAGAAACUGUUGCUGACGACCAAAUUCUCGCCAUGCAAUCGCUGGACGACGAGACGACGCAGACGAUGCGUGAUGUCGAUCAUGCCAAGAAAGAACUCGCUGAUUCGCUCAAGGCACUUGAACGGCUCAAGGUCGAGCGUGGCGCAGCUGAGAAACUUGCAAACGACGCCAAGCUCGGCAUGGGCCGCGAUCGCGGCCGUGAUUGGGAGCUCGAGCGCAUGUGUGCAAAACACGCAGCCAAUUUGGAAAGCUUGCAAGAAGCGCUUGCCAUCCGCUCGAUUACCGCACCGAGCGCGACGCUGCUGCGGAUUGAGUAUGCACAGCGCACACCUGCGCCGAAACGCGCGCGAACUUCGCGCCUCUCGGCGCGGCCAUCGCUCGGCGAAGGCGAGGCGCUCGUGCUUGAAUUUGACGAGCCGGGCGGACAGCUAUUGCAUUUCAACGUACGCGAUGCACAGGAUGCGGUGGUGCCUUUGGAUGCGGAUGUGCUCGCAUUCUGUGACGCUGCGGUGCAGAGUAAUAAUGUCGCGCUGCUCGUGCAGCGGCUAUGGCAGGAUGUGUAA